AUGGACACCUUUGGCAGUAAGUUACAGCAGAAGGCUCUGCAGCAACCUAAGCAGAAGAAAUCCAAGUCGGCUGAAUUUCUGAUGGGUGAAGAAGCGAGAGCUAAUGUGGUGGGCAUUGAAAACCCAGCCUUUGAUGGAGAAAGAAGCACCGAGCGUUCCAUUCCUCCGGUUUGGCUCGGGAGAGAAAUUCGAGGUGACAGGCCAGAUAGCACCCUUGCAGCUCACCAAAAAAAAAUGGAGCCGCGAGCCCCUGCCAAAGAAAGAGAAACUUUCACUGCUGAUGAAAAGAAACUGUAUGAAAGAAUAACCGCGUUGCUGGAUGACGAAGACACCUUCAUUGACUUACCUGGUACGCUGCUAGCCUCCAGGGAUGAGGAGGUGUUGGAGGUGAAGGCGGGUGAUCUGGUGCUUCAGCGGCGACUGCUGCUCCACAGUGGUGGUGAUGCCUCGGGCUCCAGGCCCUCCCAGGCCCAUACCAUUGCCAAAACCCAGGCUGAGGGUAGUACUGAGCUGGGAGGAGAGGCUGGACCCAAAGCAGGGAGGAUGGUAAUGGGCAGAGAGAGCACUGUAAAAAUGAGGACAGCUGAGGAGGUGAUCCCCCACUACACCCAGCAGCUGAAGGAGCGUGCGCGGCCUGACAUGAUCAUGCUUGGCAGCCUUUCACUGCAGCAGCAAGUGGCUCAGGAUGGACCCCCGAAGAGAAGCGAGUGGGCAAAGAGAAAGAAAAGACUAAUGGCUUUCUUCACUGGUGAUUUUAAGGAGCCCAGUUCACAAAGAGACAGCGAUGAGGCAGUGAGACCACAACCCAUGAUGAACACACUGCUUCCAUGCAGCGACGUCGAAAGCCCGUCACUCAGAGCGUUGGGGGAAGGCCAAGAAGAAGCGAUGGCCAAAUACAGCCAGAUGACAGAGCUCCCAGAAUCCUCCUCUGCAGCAUCACGGCCCCUGUGGCAGGCGGACCAGAGGAGUGCUCCCCAGCCCGUGGAGGUGUGUGUGCGUUGCCUAAGAGCCACGAGGGACAGACUUCCCAGGGGUCUCUAUACUGUCAGAGUGGCACUUCACAGCCAUCUAGGGGGUCCAGCUCUGGCCUGGUGCAGUAAGAAAGGGCAACACGUUUGGGCAGCGUCUACUGAGCCCACUGAGCAUCGGGGACGCUUCUACGACAUUGACCUCCACAUUAACCAGAGUCUGUUCAUGGUAGUCUUACCUUCCACCUGUAAUAUCAUCCCUUCCACGGUGCUGGUUUUCCAGCUGAUCACAGCACCGGGAGAUAGAAGUCACGUCAGCUCUGCGUUGGCCUGGGCAGCAUUUCCUGCUUGUGGGCCAAGUCUCGGUUUGGUCGAGGGCAGGUUCAAAACGCCACUGAUCAGGGGCGAGCCCAGCACACAGCUGGACCAGUUUAAAAAGAUUGAAGCCCUCAUCUCCUCUGAUCUCGACCACUGGCUGUGCAACCUGUAUUUUCAGGUAAAGAGACUCCCACCUGGAGCAUCUCGGGGACCAGAGCACUGCAUCACUCUAUCAAUCCCCUCUUCUAAACAACCUAUUAUUCCCCAAUCUGAGGUCCACCAGAACCAGCUGCCACUCCAGCCCAAGCCCCCAUCGCAGAACCAGCUCUGUCCUCAGCUCGUUCAUCCCCAGUCCCAACAGCAGGCCUGUACAGACCCAAGCUGCAGAGCGGGAGAUCCCUCUGUGGUACAUUCUCACCGGGGGUCCCCUCUCAACCUGUCAGCUGAUUCUGCUUGCUCUUCCUCAUCUCUGCCAGGCAAGAAUUUCUCAUCAGGAGCCAUUUCUGGAAGCACCGGAGAGAAGAGUGAUCCAUGCAGGGAGAAAGCAGAGGGUGGGAAUCACUACAAGAAGAAGCCAAUCAAGAAGACAAAUAGCUGUGGCCCCAGCAUGAGCGGCAGAAGUGCACCGCCUCGGCAGGCAGACAAACAGAAGAUGCAGCCUUCAAUGGAGAACCUCUCCGCGGAGGAGAUGGAGGAGUAUACAUUCUCCCUACAAUCACAACUGACUGGACCUGGCUCAUGUCCUCCGUGUCUGUCUGACCGAGCGCGUCUGGCUCUCUCCAUGCUGCCAUCUGAGCUGGGCCUGCCGUUGCUGCGGCAACAACAACAACUGCAUAGUAGCUGGCAUGGCUCCGUUCAGCAGCUCGGCCUCAUUAUACUGCUGCUGGCUUUGAUGUGGUUUCUGAGGCUCUACCUGCAUUACUGCAGCCAGUGGCUCUACCUCCAGGCCAUAGCAGUUCCUGUCAACAAAUUCCACUUCCACGCACACACGGUGGAUCUCGUGUACCAGAGUUCUUUACUCCACACCCGGGAGGAGCUGGCAAUGGUGGUGGUGGGUCCCCUGACCUUGAACGCAAUAACGUUCCUGCUGGUUCUGAUCAGAUGGGGCUGUCAACAGAUAUUUGGCUCACUCCCUUCCUUCACGUCAAAGUUUAUCAUGGCUCAGGGAGUGUGGACAGUCCUCGACCCCCUGGCAGUCUUUGCAGUGGACGCCAUCCUCGGGCGCCUCUCCUACAGCCCUGACACACCAGUGGGGGAUGCUGCCAAGCUUUAUUGGCACUUCUAUCAAGCUGACAAAUCAGGUGCAGCGGGGGUGAUCAUCACUCUCUUCCUCUAUGCUGUCAUUUUUCUCCUUUCCAUCACCAUCCUCUCCAUGUACCUGCUCAGACUCCACAAUGAUGGUCGCAUGCUGGAUGUCUUUCAGCGACUCACCGCCAAGGAGGGGGUAUACUUCCUGCCUCAAGACCUUGAGCUGUCCAAUCAGGAACUGAGCUACAUUGUCAAGAAAGCAGAGCAGUGGAGAGGGUUCAAUGGAGAGAGGCGCAAGGUGGCCGUGUAUGACUAUAUCUUAACAACGGAGGACCCCGUGUCAGACUCUGCAGCGCCCAGCGAUGAGUCCCAUAGGGACGGCGCGCACAUGCCAGAGGGUGAGACCAGCACCCACGUGGCAGUCUACACACUGCACCUCAGCGGGCUUAAACAAAUAUACAGGCACUUUCUUCGACAGUCAGAUGGAGCCAUCAUAGAGGUGAUGGGUGACAUAGAAGGCCUCGACAACGCAUCCAGCACGGUGCCCUGCCCGGCUCAGAGCUCUGACAAACAGAGGGAGGACAAAGGAGGCGACGCUCUCCAGCUACGGAAACGAAAGAAACGAUUCUGGCGGUCCCAUCGUGUUGAGCCAGUAGGAGGAAACAGGUGUGACUCCAGUUUUGCACUACAAGACCUCAAUCAAUGACACCAGAUGGAAGAGAGAAUAAACACUGAGUCCUCUUAUUGAUCAUUUAGCAAUGCACU